UUUUGCUUCCCUGAAGCACAUGAGACAAACCAACGUGGCUUUUGCAUUUGACAAGAAAUUUCAGCAGCUAUUAAAUGUAGUUACAUGUUUGUUACAGGAAACAUUUUAUAAAAACACCUUCAUUAACGGAACAAACCGUUUGACAAGUAAACCAACUUGUUAUUCCGCUGCAGAGACAAACUGACCUCCGGGAAACAUGUUUAAUGAAGAUGAAGAUUGGAGUGACGAACCAGACGCUCAGGUCCUGAGCAAGACUGUCCUUAGAAACACCCAGAAGGCGAACAGCAGCACUAAUGUCAAGGCCAAGGCUGUUGGAAAGAAGAGCCUGCUGCGCACCCUGCAGACACUGGGGUCAGUACCAGAGUGGAAGAACGACGACCAUCAGCAGGACAGUAACAGUGAGGCAGAAGCGGCUCCAUCACACAGUAAGAAAAAGAAGAAAAGAAGGAAAAGGCGAAAGCAAGCAGAAACGACAGGAGAGCAGCAGGAGAAUGACGACUUAGGUCAGACUGAUAUCAAGGAGAAACCUGUGACAAAGAAGAGGAAGAAAGACAAUAAAUUUGGGGCCUCAAAGGUAAAAAACACAUCAGUAGUCGAGACAAAGCAUGAAGAAAUGACCAAAUCUGCAACAGUCAAUGUAAACACACCACAGAACACAGAGAAACUGAGCAGACAACAAUGGAAAAACAAAAUGAAGAACAAGAGGAAAUGUAAAAAUAAAUACAAACAGAAUGAUCCUGGCCCUGAGAAGGAAGUCAGUAAAGCAGAAUCUGCAGAGCAACACAAGCCAAAGGAGGAAGUCAAAAUAGAUUCAAGUAGCAACAACAGCAACAAUAACAGUCAGACACCAGCCAAGAAAAAGGAAAAAGAUCGUAAAGCACAGAAAAGAAAAAAGACUGAAGAGGACACCGACAUGACUGGUGCAGCGCUCAGAGAAGGAAAGCAGCACAUUGGAGGCAAAGCUGAAAAAGUUGCAGCCAAAUCUUCUGCUGAUGAAGUGAAGAUCACAGAUGAUCAGCACCACACACCCACUAAAACACCGAAACCAGACCUGAGCAGAGAACAGAUUCUGAAAAGAGAGAAGCUACGGAAAAUGCUCCACAGCCAGGAAACAGUCCAACAGGAGGUUCCUACGGAGACGAAUGAGGAGCCAGCGGUACCAGAAGAAGAAGAGGUGAAACCGGAUCGCUCGGCCUCCCUCAGGUCCCGCAUGGAGCAGCGGCUGGAGUCGGCUCGUUUCCGCUACAUUAAUGAAGUUCUGUACAGCACGACCAGCGGGGAGGCGAAGCGCAUGUUCAGACAGGACCCAGAGGCCUUUGGGAUCUACCACAGAGGUUACACGGCGCAGGUGCAAAGAUGGCCAACCAAUCCAGUGGACGACAUCAUCGCUUACAUCCGACAAAAGCCUUCCUCUCUGGUGGUUGCAGACUUUGGUUGUGGCGACUGUAAAAUAGCGCGCAGUGUGAAGAACAAAGUGCACAGCUUCGACUUGGCAGCCACCUGUGAGCUUGUCACAGUGUGUGACAUGGCCGACGUCCCGCUUCGUGACAGCUCUGUGGACAUCGCUGUGUUCUGCCUUUCACUCAUGGGGACCAACCUGGCAGAUUUUCUGGCAGAGGCCAAUCGUGUCUUAAAGAUGGGGGGUGUCCUUAAAAUAGCAGAAGUGGCGAGCAGGUUUGAGAACGUGCGGAGCUUCAUCAAUGCACUGGCAAGUCUGGGAUUCAAGAUGUCGGCCAAGGACACAGAAAAUACUCAUUUCUACUCCUUUGAAUUAAUGAAGACGGGAGACGCUCCAGAAAAUAUAAAGAAAUUUGGACUACAGUUGAAGCCCUGUGUCUAUAAGAAAAGGUGAAUUGAAUUGGUGUGAUUUCAGACAAUGACAAUGACUGUUAAUCGAAGCUGAAUUUGUACAUUUGUAUCUAAAUGUAUUGUAUUUGUAUCGUGUAAGUGUAUUGAUACACUUUAAAGCCUCUGUAAUUCACAGAUUUUUAAUGUAACACAGGGCUCUGAUCACAUGCCAUCAAUAUCCAAGUGCAGAUUUCCAUCCUUCCUUCCUUCCUUCCUUCCUUCCUUCCAUGUUUCCUUUCUCUGGCUUACAAUUUGCUGAUCUGGAAUAUAACCCUGUGUGGUGUUUUGUUGGAAUUAAAACCUACAUCCAUAUUUGGAUGACUCGUUAUACACAGGUCAUCAGUUCAGUAAAUUUCAUGAGAAAACGAGUUGUGUAAAUGUUAAGAUUGUUUUGCAAAACACUUAAAACUCCAGAAAAAGUGAAAAAUAAAACACAACUUUUUUAAAUAAA